ACUUGAGUGAUGUCCCUUCUCACACUCAAAGCGAGUCCAGACAGUGAGCGAACGUGCUUCUAACAGAACAGAUACGUUAUCUCUGGUGAAGAACAUUUUCUUUUACAGCAACCUCUUGUGGUUGGACUAAAGUGCCUGUACUGUUUUGGCCCAGUGCUUUGGUGUUCUGGUGUCUUCUGUGGCUCCUCUGUCUGUCUGUGAUUCCUCUACAGUGCCCGGCGGGAGGAAAAAGGCCACUGACCCGCCAUGUUUCUCGCACUUGUAGUGACGCCAGAACUGAGAGAGUUGCUGGCCAGAGCAAGAGGCGGAACGGUGCGCCUCAUCAAGGUGCGCAUCCAAGACGAGCAGCUGGUACUUGGGGCCUACAGAGAGCCCAAACAGAGCUGGGACCAGGAUUAUGAUCACUUCUUGCUUCCUCUCUUGGAUGACCAGGAGCCCUGCUACCUUCUAUACCGCCUGGACUCCCAGAAUGCACUGGGCUAUGAGUGGGUCUUCAUAUCGUGGUCUCCUGACCAGUCACCAAUCAAACAAAAGAUGCUGUAUGCUGCCACGCGUGCAACUGUGAAGAAAGAGUUUGGUGGUGGCCAUAUGAAGUAUGAGCUGUUUGGCAACAAGCCUGUUUUGCUUGAACAUUAGGAGGACAUCUGUUUGCUGGGCUACCAGCGUCACGUGACUUCCUGUUCAAGUCCUGCACCGCUCACAUUAGCUGAGCAGGAGCUCCAGAAGAUUAAAAUCACUGAGGGCCGGGUUAAACAGGUCAAGACAGAGAUUAGCGUAGAAAACAACCAUCAGUCGCUUCAGGGCCUCGCGUUUCCAUUGCAGGACACGGCCAAAAGAGCUCUUCAGCAUCUUGCCCAAAAACGCAUCAACUACAUACAGCUGAGGUUGGACGUAGACAAGGAGACAAUUGAGCUGGUCCACUCCAACCCAACAGAAACUCGGGACUUGUCCCGCAGAGUUCCAAAGGAUGCUCCUAGAUACCAUUUCUUCCUCUACAAACACUCACAUGAGGGAGACUACCUGGAAUCUGUCGUGUUCAUAUACUCCAUGCCAGGGUACAGCUGUAGCAUCAAGGAACGGAUGCUCUACUCCAGCUGCAAGAGUCGACUACUUGAAGACGUGGAAAAAGAUUACCAUUUGGAAAUUGCUAAAAAGUUGGAGAUCGACAGUGGAGAAGAACUGACGGACGAAUUUCUCUAUGACGAGGUUCAUCCUAAGCACUUUGCCCACAAACAGGCCUUUGCUAAGCCUCGUGGUCCUGCAGGAAAACGGGGACACAAGCGCCUUAUAAAGGGGACAGAGGAGACAAGGCAGGACAGCUAAAGACAGUCAAAGGAAGUGUCCCGGUCAUGUAGACACUUCCAGCCCCAGCUCUGCUCCAUUUUCUCACCACCCUCUGACAACCUCGUGAGGCCCACAAGGACAUGCUCGUCAAUGGAUUAUGUCUGCGAUUUAUGUACUGAUCAUCUCACAGCACAUCUGGAUUACAACAAAUAUAAUUUCUAUGGGAAUGUCUUGACAAAUAAUGUGAACUCUAUAUGACAGAUAACAAUAAGAAAACAUGAAUAUGUACAAUACUGUGCAAAGGUUUCAGCAAACAAGAAUUCUGCUAAAAAAAAGGUUUUGUUAUUUAUUUCUUCAGUGGGCCAACAGAAAAUCUAAUUUCUGAUUCCAGCAACAACAAAACAAACAAUUUUUUAUUUGAUUAAGGAAACU